AUGACACUCUUUUCUUCUCUCUUCUUCUUCCACUGUUUUUAUUCUCUCUCUCUCUCUCUCUUCUCUUCUCUUCUCUUUCUUUCUCUCGCUCUCCCUCUCUCGUUCUUCGAUAAGAACUUACUAAGAACGCCAUGGCACUCUUUUUUUCUUUCUCUUUCCACUGUCUCUCUCUCUCUCUCUCUCUCUCUUUCUCCACUUCUUUUCCCUCUAUCUCUCGCUCUCUCUCUCUCUCUCUCUCUCUCUCUCUCCCCUACUUUGAGAAGCAUAUAUAUAUAUAUAUAUAUGACUGUCUUUAUUUUUCUGCCCAUUUCUCUCUCUCUCUCUCUCUCUCUCUCUCUCUCUAUCUAUCUAUCUAUCUCUCUCUCUCUCUCUCUUGCGUUUUUUAAACUUUCUUUUUGUUAUUAUCUGUUAACAUCUCAUGCGCCCCCGACUGUUCCACCAUUUUUUUCUUUCAUCUUUCAAUAUAAAAGAUCACUUUCCGUUCACAAAUGUCUUUCUAUUUUCUUUCAUUAUUUUUAUAAUUUAAUCUCCUUUCUAUCUACCUUUAACGCAAUGUUUUUAUUCGAUUCCUUCCUUUUACUCAUUGAUUUUUUAUUUCUUUUAUUUUUAUCUUCAUUUUUCUUUCUUUCUUUCUUAAGUCUCCGUUUACGUCUCCGUUUAUGUUUUAUUCUUUUAAAUUUCUUUCUUUCUUUCAAUCUUUUUUUCUUUCUUUCUUUCUCUUUUUCGUUUGUUCGGAUUCCAAGUCUGCGUUUACGGUUUUAUUCUUUUUUUAAAUUUCUUUCUUUCUUUAUUUAUUUCUUUCAUCUUGUUCGAUUCCAAGUCUCCGUUUACGGUUUUUUCUUUUUUCUUUCUUUCUUUCUUUCUUUCUUUCUUUCUUUCUUUAAUUUAUUUUUUUUUUUCGUUUGUUCGAAUUCCAAGUCUUUUAAAAGACACGGUUUUAUUCUUUUAACUUUUUUCUUUCUUUCUUUUUUCUUUUUUCUUUCUUUCUUUCUUUCGUUUGUUCGGAUUCCAAGUCUCCGUUUACGGUUUUAUUCUUUUAACUUUCUUUCUUUCUUUCUUUCUUUCUUUCUUUCUUUCUUUCUUUCUUUCGUUUGUUCGGAUUCCAAGUCUGCGUUUACGUCUCCGUUUACGGUUUUAUUCUUUUCAAUUCAUUUUCUUUCUUUCUUUCUUUCUUUUAAUCUUUCUUUCAUUUGUUUAAUUCCAAGUCUCCGUUUACGGUUUUAUUUUUUUUCUCUUUCUUUUUUUUUUUUUUCUAAAAAUGUCAUUAAAAUUCUUUCUUUAAUUCUUUUCGUUUGUUCGGAUUCCAAGUCUCCUCUCCGUUUACGGUUUUAUUCUUUUAACUUUCUUUCUUUCCUUCUUUUCUCUGUUUUAUUCCUUUUUUCUUUCUCUGAUUUAUUCUUUCUGUCUUCUAUUCUUUCUUUCUUUCUUUCUUUUAGAUACUUUUAA